CACAGCACUGCAUGCUUCUACCAGCAGCGUCCACAUAAGCACUGCAUGCUUCUACCAGCAGCUUCUCCUGAGGAUCUCUCUGAGAGGUAUUUUCAAGAAACAGCUAUGGAGAAAAAGAACUCAUCCUACGUUACAGUGUUUACCCUUUCUGGAUUAAAUGAAUCAAGCACAAAUAAAUAUAUCUAUUUUUCUUUCACUCUCCUGGGUUAUCUCUUUAUCAUUUGUGUUAAUUUAACUCUAAUUGUAAUAAUAGCUCUUGAAAAGACACUUCAUGAGCCCAUGUAUUUCUUCCUCUGUAAUCUGAGUGCUAAUGCACUGUAUGGAACUGCUGGUUUCUUUCCUAAACUACUGUUUGAUUUUCUGUCUGAUCCGCAUGUCAUCUCAUAUUCUGGGUGCCUGCUUCAAAUAUUUAUCAUCUACAGUUUUUCAGCAUGUGAAUUAUCAAAUUUAACAGUGAUGGCAUAUGAUAGGUAUGUGGCAAUAUGCAGGCCCCUGGAGUACCAUGCUAUCAUGACUCCUUUGACGACUGGUAAAUUAAUACUGUUUUCUUGGAUUUUUCCACUCUGUUGUGUAUCUAUUGGUACUCUAUUGACUUUCAGGUUGCCUUUAUGUGGCUCCCACAUUGAAAGACUAUAUUGUGAUAACUGGUCAGUUGUGAAAUUAUCUUGUGUAGAUACUACUGUUAACACUGUAUAUGUUCUAGUAUGUAUAUUCUUUGCACAUUUCCUUUUUAUUUUAUUUUCCUACAUGAAAAUACUCGGAGCGUGCCGGGCAUCUAGUAUAGCAAUGAGUAAAUGUUUGCAGACCUGUUUGCCACAUUUGUUGACGGUGAUCAAUUACAUCAUUGCCUUGCUUUUUGAUGUAAUGUACAGUAGAUACGGUUCAAAUGAUAUUCCACAGGUUUUACACAAUCUCCUGUCUGUGGAAUUUCUAAUCGUCCCCCCUAUUUUCAAUCCUCUCAUUUAUGGUUUAAACCUUCAAAAGAUCAGAAAUAAAGUCACAAGAAUGUGCAGCUGAAACAAAGUAAUUCAUACUUAAUAGAUUCCAGAUGUAGUUGCUACUAUCGCCUUACAUUUGUAAGAAAUCAAAACAUUAAAUUAUAUAUUGUGUUCUAUCAUUAAUAAUAGAGUGCAUUAAAUAUUUUUCAUGAAAGACACACUUGAUUGCAAUACAAAACUGAAAGUUGAGUAGUUUAGUAAGAUAUGUGCUUAUACAUACAGGAUUAUUUAAUUUGUAAUUGACUCAAGAA